AGGUAUUAUGGUACAAAAAUGGAGCAAUACUGGAGCCAUCACUUCUAAGCCAUGCAACGCCAAUGGAUAAAGACAUAAUAUUAAUUCCAAAAGUGCACAGAACUGACGCUGGGGAAUAUAUGUGUAUUGUAAAGAACGAGGCAGGAGAAAUUAAAAGUACCUUUAAAGUAUACAUACAAGAAACUCCAACAUCCAUCAAACUCUCCCGAAGAUAUGGAAGCAAGUGGGGCCAAUGGUCUGAAUGGUCUCAGUGGAAUCCAAAAUGCGGAAAGAUGGAACGAAUGAGAGUGCGUUUAUGCAAUGACAGAAUGAAACGUUGCUGGGGAAAAACAGAAGAAUCGCAACAGAAGCAUGAAUUUUGCACUGAGAAAGAAAAAGAAGUCGCCUCUGUGACAACCCCGUGCCUGAACACGGUGGAAAACCAUGUUCUGGUCCAAGCACUGAAACGUCUAGGUGCAAAACAAAUCCUUGUCCUGUCGAUGGAAAAUGUGGAUGGUGGUUGGUCCAAAUGGGGUCCUUGGAGCUCGUGUUCCGCCACCUGUGGGCCCAGCACACAAUCUAGAGAAAGAUUAUGCAAUAAUCCAGUGCCUUCGUUCGGUGGAGCUUCCUGUUUUGGCAGUCAAACCGAAACCAAAAAUUGUGAAAUCGAAGCUUGUGACAACGUACCACCGUUUGCCUCAUUGAAAGUUAGUGUGAUCCUAAAUAAUGCAACAAAACAGGAAAUAAAAACCAUCGUGAAUAUUUCUGACGCGCCUGACAUAAGAUAUAUGAAGGGAAAAGCGGAAAAGGACUUUUUCAAGAAAAUUAAGUUGCGUGGUUGGUUUCCCUACCUUUCUUUUGUUGUGUCACCGUUAAGUUGGUUGACAGCUUUUCAGAAAGACGCAGCUGUUAACGGAUUUUCUCUAACGAAGGGAUAUUUUGACAUCCAGACGUUUAUUAAAUUUGACAGAGGAGGAGAAUUGAUAAUACAUCAUAAAGGCAAUGGUGUGAAAAAGAAGACGUUAUCAGUUGAUGUCAGCUUGCAAGGUGAAGCACCACUAUUCUCUCUUAACAGAUUGAGCAAAUCGGAUCCAUAUGAA